GCUCCAAGGUAGCGGGACACGAUCGGACGAUAAACUAGGGGUCGGACCUGAGGUGAUGGGGCAAGUAUACUUUAUCCAAGUCGAUCGUUUUGAACCGACGAUACCGGAUGCCUUCACAAUUGUCAGUCACUUUAUAAUCGCACGCGAGCUGGAGGAAGAAACCGCCGCCGCUGUCUCCACUUCCACGUGUCUGGAGACGUCCGUGCGCCUGGAAGAGCGGAAUAACGUGGAUCUUAAGAGAAUCGCCGCGAUCUCCUGCUCCAUAUCGUGCCGCUCUCGCUCCUAUCCGCGCAGUGCAACGCGCACAAUAGACGAAUAACGACAACGCUUUUCGCUAUCUAGACAGAUCUGCAGUAUGGACCGCUUCCGCCUCGACCUCGACGGCGUGGACCAGGAUGGCGUGGACACGGUGGAGCCCAUGCGCCCUAGUUCCUUCGACAUGACCUUCUCGCUCGGCAGCUACCCGAGCGCACAGGGGCUGAGCCGGGACAGCGACGAGCAGCAAAGCAGCAAUCAGGACGACAACGAUGUCACUGACAGCAGGAAGUUACCCGGCCGGGGCGAGAAGGGCAGACUACACGUGGACGAACUCAUGGAAAGCUCUCGCUCGCAGAAGUUCGAUGGCAGCAGCCUGGCCUCGUCGGGUCAUAAGAGAAACACGACAGCCAGCUCCCCGGCGUCUUCAUCUGUGCAUAAGGACGUGGCCAACAUCGCUUUGAGGCUGGAAGAGAAGGCGCAUGAGGCCAUCGACGUGGCCAAUUUGUGCGGCAAAGUGUCGUGGAAACUGUCCAAGCGCACACAAGACGUACACGUCUACAGACCAGCGACGCUCCCGUCCGAGGAAGAUUCGUCCACGAAGCUGUACUUCCGUGUCUCGUGCGAGGUGAAGGCGCAUCUAGGGACGAUUAUGGAGUAUCUUACACCAAGUAACUCAAGGAGUUACUACGAUAUCGAGUCGCAGGUGUUCCCUGGCCUCCUACAUGCUGCAGUUAUCAAACGUAUGGAACUACCGGAACGCGCUCCCGCAUCCAUGGCGAACUCCGGACAGACGCUACUGUUCCCGUCUGGCGCAUCAGCUACAACAACUGCAAGCGGGAGUCAUGACGACACGUCUAGUGUCGAUGAGGACUCGAGUGAUUCGUUCCCACAUUUACAGGUUAAGUGGCACGCAAGUCGCUUUGCCGGGCGCUUCGUCAAGCCAGUGGACUUUUUCUUUGUGGAAUACGCGAAUAUCGAAGCAAUGGCCGACGGAAGGAAGCGUGGGUACGGUUACAUUCGGUCGGUCGAGUCAUUUAAGGGAGACGAGUUGGCUAUCCGUCUAGCGGGAGAAGACGUGGCUAUUCCUCCCAGUGUGGCCAAGUGCAAACGUGCCGUGAUUAACAAAGGCGUCUAUGUGGUCUCGCCGUCGGGUGAUGCCUCAGGCACAUACGAAGUGACGUGUAUGAUGGUGAUCGACUUCCAGAAGCAGUUUGCGAGCUCAGUAGGAGCCAAAAUCAUCCACAACUUCACCGAGAGACUCAUUGGUAUCCGCGAAUUGCUGUUUAACACGCUCUUCCGUCCCAUUGCGGUACUCCCGAAGAACCAGUGGAAACCAGCACGUAGCAACAAGUGCGCGAUCUGCAUGUGCUCCUUCUCAAUCGUGAAGUCCAAGCACCACUGUCGAUCCUGUGGUGAAGCUGUUUGCGGACAAUGCAGUCGGAAGUGGACGUUGCAGCCUGGAGCCCAACCGGAGACACAAGCAAGACUCUGCACGAGCUGCUCGUUACAGGCGAGAAGCUACCUCAUGCCGAACGGAGACCCCAGUCGCUCACCUGCUGGUGCUUCCUCACGCUUCUCGUCAGUGAUCAACGACUUUAGUGUCAGUCAGCUCGCUGGAAGUCGCUCGGCUGUGCCUCGAAUGGCAAAUGUCUACAAAUGCGAUGUCCAAGUUGCAAGUACAGUAUCCCACGACCCCGACACAUUUGCAGCGGCCACAUCAGCGUUCGCGAAGCUCGUUAGCGCUUUGGGCGAUCAAAAUCCGCACUUUAUGUUGGUCUCCUAUUCGCACCACCAUAACGGCGCUGCGGUGUAUGAAGCGUUGGCACGUGCAGCUCCCGAUACGCUUUUCAUGGGCGGUACCUCCAGUGGUGGUGUGUAUGUUGGAGCUACUGCAUCAGCGCUGGGUCUAAACAAGAGUGGUGGAAACAGCAGUAAUAAUUCUCGACACCGCGGCAACACUGGAUCUCAAGGCCCUACUGUUGGAUUGUGGGGAAUCUACGACCCGGAAGGAUCUUAUGCGAUCUUGAAUGCCGAUUUGGAUCGUGAGAGUCCACGUGAUGCUGCGCGGAGAUGUCUAACGGAUGGCAUGAAGAUGCUAGCGAUGGAGCCUGAGGAGAGUCCGGACUUCGUGUGGACUGUGAUGGGAGGCGGAGAGGACACCUAUGAUGUCGAUGACCAGCGAGAUGGAGAGGAAGAGCAGAUUACGCGGGCUGUGAACGAGAUCGUGGACUGCUCGUACUCCGUUGUCGGCGGUAGUUCGUCUCGUCAUACGGCUAGUAGCCGUGGAUAUGCCACGCAGUUGUGCUCGGAAGGAGGCAACGUUGGCUGUGUGACCAAGCACGGCGCAUGCUUUGCUAUCUGCUGUCCGAGUGUGGAGGUUGCACACGCGUUAUUCACAUGCUACGAUGCAACAGACAAGAGCUUCGUCGUGACGAAGGCGAGUGGCCGAGAUUUGUUUGCAUUGGACCACAAGCCAGCACUGGAGGCGAUUAACGAGGCAACUCACGGCAUGCUGGCGGAGAUGACGCAUCGACCAGAGAAAUUCAACCUCGAGUCCAAUCUACUGCCAGCUUACUACCCUGUUGCUCGUGAGCGACGUGGUGCUGUACCCCGUGGUCUUAAGCGGAAUACUUCACGCUACCAGAUGCUGCAACCGGAGACGUCGGCACGUGAUCUUUCGCUGCACUUGGGCGCUGAGGUGCGUCUCGGCGAACGACUACACAUGAUGUCCCUGUCUCCUCGUGGUGUGGCUUCCAAGGCGCGUCGUGGACUGCGUGAUGCUAUUCGAGUAUCCGUUCCCACAAUGGAUCUGCAAGAUGUCAUCGGCUGCUUCCUCAGUGUUGGCAUGAGCUACGACCGCGUGCUGCAGGGUGACCUGAAUGCCGUGGCUGAUGCAACGGGAAGUGCGUUCCCUCAAGGCGCCUCAUUGUUGUCUGUUUCGCACGGACAGCAAGGUGUUAUGACCGGCGGCAACGAGGCAGUUCAUGCCAACAGUAUGUUGACGGCGUUGAUCGUCACGAACCGCAAGAAGGCUCAGAAGCUCAACCCCCUACGGCCGCUCAACAUCCGAGUGGCUACUACCACUGCGUAAACUAUUCAUCAAAGUCAAGUUCACACGUACCUUACGAAGUAAUCUAUUAAUCUAGAAGAUUUUUGUGCUAUUGAAUCUUGCUGGAGCAUCACAAAGAAGC